UUAUGUACCGUGUUUUGCCUGCAUGUAUGCCUCUAUGCCAUGUGCAUGCCUGAUACCUGCAGGGGCCGGGAGAGGGAGGCAGAUCUCCCGGAAUUGGAGUGAUAGACAGCUCUUAGCUAUCACGUAGGUGUGGGACUAGAACCUGGGUCCUGUGGAAGAGCAGCCAGUGCCCUUAACUGCUGAGUGUCUCCUCCAGCCCUGCCUCGGGCUUGAAAGUUAGAGGAAGCAGGUGGCCAGGAAUGUAGGAAUCACGUGUAGCCUGUGGUUGACGGCCAAGAAGGAAGCGGGGACGUCUGUCCUGCAGCCACGUGGAGGUGAUCUCUGAGGGGAUCCCCCUGCAGAGGAGAGCUCAGCCUGAGCCUCGGCUUCCGAAGCAACUCCAACCCCCCAUUCCUCCCCACCCCACCCACGCUGCACCGCACUGCACCGUGUUUACCUGUGGGUCUGUGCAGCCGUGAACACAGACUUAGGGGCUGUCGUCGUUUUAGGGCGUGUGGUAAUGGCAGAAGAAAACCAGCUUGCCUCCCGAUAGACUAAGAUUCUGCAGUAGCAGGCUUCUUCAGCCACCCUUACCUCAGACUCCACAGGACCUGGAGCACUUCCUAGUGAGAUCAACGCUGGGCCUGCUGCUCAGGAGAGGGGAGGCCAGGGACCCUGCUCUCCACCGAUCUACUCCCACCAGCCGCCUCCCGGGUCACAAGGAUGCUACCUCACUGUCACUGUUCUCCUGGGGUUUCCAUGAAGCCCGUGCCCCUCCGGCCCAGGAGGGAGUUGGACCAAUCUUCACUUCCCGGCCUCAGCGAACCUUGCCCAGACCUAUUGAUCUGCACUUCCGGGCAGGCAGUGGGACCCGGGACCAUGGACAGGCACGCCAUGAGGGCUCUGCUGCUCCUGGGGUCUCUGCUGGCGAGCCUGGAUUCGACGCUUUCGGCUCCUCCAUGGAAAGGCCCCAAGGAAUUCAAGCAGGGAGCUGAGGAGCCCACGGUGGUUCUCACGGUCGAUGGGAAGCUCUGCCACUUCCCCUUCCAGUACCACCGUCGUCUGUACCACAAAUGCAUCCACAAAGGCUGGCCAGGCUCCCGGCCCUGGUGUGCUGUCACCGCCAACUUUGACCAGGACCAGCAGUGGGGGUACUGCUCCGAGCCCAAGAAAGUGAAAGACCACUGCAGCAAACACAACCCGUGCCACAGAGGGGGGACAUGUGUGAACACCCCCAGCGGCCCACACUGCCUCUGCCCAGAACACCUCACUGGGAAGCACUGUCAGAGAGAGAAGUGCUUCGAGCCUCAGCUUCUCCGGUUCUUCCUCGAGAAUGAGAUGUGGUUUAGAACUGGGCCAGCAGGUGUGACCCGGUGCCAGUGCAAGACCCCUGGUGCUCACUGCAAGCCACUGACCAGCCAGGCUUGCAGCUCCAAUAUGUGCCUCAAUGGGGGCAGCUGCCACCAGGUGGAGGGCCACCAACUGUGCCAUUGCCCUGCGGGCUACACCGGACCUUACUGCAACUUAGACAUUAAGGCGACCUGCUACGAUGGCAGGGGACUCAGCUAUCGCGGCAAGGCUGGAAUCACUUUAUCGGGGGCGCCAUGUCAGCAGUGGGCCUCCGAGGCCACCUACCGGAACAUGGCUGAGAAACAAGCGCUAAGCUGGGGCCUGGGCCACCAUGCAUUCUGCCGGAACCCGGAUAAUGACACGCGUCCAUGGUGCUACGUGUGGAGUGGCGACAGGCUGAGCUGGGACUAUUGCGACCUAGAGCAGUGCCAGACCCCAACCCAGGCAACGCUAACGUCUCGAGCCCCCCAUGGGCGUCAGGACCUGCCGGUGCCCCGGCCUUCCACGCUGCAGAAGCCUCAGCCCACGUCCCAGGCGCUAGCCUCGCCUGAGCAUCACACUCCUCUGGCCAGGACCAGCCCGGUGGGCUGCGGACAGCGCUUCCGCAAGCGACUGUCCCCACUCAGCCGCGUGGUGGGCGGACUAGUGGCUCUGCCCGGAUCGCACCCAUACAUCGCUGCGCUGUACUGGGGCGACAACUUCUGCGCCGGCAGCCUCAUCGCCUCCUGCUGGGUGCUGACCGCAGCUCACUGCCUGCAGAACCGGCCAGCGCCGGAGGAGCUGACGGUGGUGCUCGGUCAAGAUCGCCAUAACCAGAGCUGCGAGCAAUGCCAGACGCUGGCUGUGCGCUCCUACCGCCUUCACGAGGGCUACUCCUCCAUCACUUACCAGCACGACUUGGCUCUGCUGCGCCUGCAGGAAGGCGAAAACAGCAACUGCGCCAUCACGUCGCCUCACGUCCAGCCCGUGUGCUUGCCCAGCGGUGCCGCCCCACCCUCGGAGACUGUGCUCUGCGAGGUGGCCGGCUGGGGUCACCAGUUCGAGGGGGCGGAGGAAUACGCCAACUUCCUGCAGGAGGCGCAGGUUCCCUUCAUCUCCCGGGAGCGAUGCUCCAACCCUGCGGUGCACGGCGACUCCAUCCUGCCUGGAAUGCUCUGCGCUGGCUUCCUGGAGGGAGGCACCGACGCCUGCCAGGGUGACUCUGGGGGUCCUCUGGUGUGUGAAGAAGGGGCUGAAGAGCACCGGCUCACCCUGCGAGGUGUCAUCAGCUGGGGCUCCGGCUGUGGUGACCGCAACAAGCCCGGAGUCUACACUGACGUAGCCAAUUACCUGGCUUGGAUCCAGGAGCAUACUGCUUCAUAACUAAUCAGGGUUAGUCUUUCCCUCAGUGUGCUCCCUGGAGUGUGAGCGUGACUGUGUCAAGAUGCACAGUGAAGACAGUACCCAGGGAUCGGGGCCCAGAAACUCAAUAAAGUGCUUUGAAAAUGUU